GGACACAGGAAUACUCCGACAAAAUAAUGUUACGGCAAGUACUGUUGUUCCUCUUGGUUCUGUCUGUAGCGUCGGUGUACGGGCAGGUCAGCUAUUCCAUUCCCGAGGAAAUGGAGAAAGGUUCAUUAGUGUGCAAUGUUGCUCAGGAUUUAGGUGUGGAUUUGAAACGGCUCAAAUCAGGCAGAGCUCGUAUUCAUUCGGGAGACAAUACAGAAUAUAUCGAGCUGAACCGAGAGAGGGGAGUCCUCGUCAUCAAAGAGAGAAUAGACAGAGAGACGUUGUGCGGAGAGACGACGCCUUGUGCUGUACAUCUGCAGAUGAUUCUGGAAAACCCGAUGGAAUUGUUCCGCAUAACGAUUGAAAUAACAGAUAUAAACGACAACGCUCCCAGCUUUGCAUCGAGCGAGAAACGAUUUGAAAUCAGCGAGUCGGUCGUUACCGGGUCUAAAUUUGUACUGGAGAAAGCCGUCGAUGUUGAUAUCGGUGAAAAUGGUCUCCAAAGCUAUUCCCUUAAUCCAACCAACAAUUUCGCAUUGAAGCUAGAGAAUCAGGCUGACGGGAGUAAAAAGGUAGAGAUGGUGCUUCAGAAGCCACUGGACCGAGAGCAGCAGGAGCAGAUAUCACUGUUAUUAACGGCUCUAGAUGGUGGAAAGCCCCGUAUGUCUGGAACAAUGCAGAUAAUUGUGAACGUGUUAGAUGCAAACGACAACGCACCGGUCUUUACUAAGUCUGUAUACAAGGCAACUAUAACCGAGAAUUCUCCGAGGGGCACCAGUGUUAUUACUGUCAGUGCAUCUGACAAAGACGGAGGCUCGAAUGCGGUAAUUUCAUACGCAAUCUCUAAUAGCAGACGUCGUUUAUCUGAUUUGUUUAAGAUUGAUAGAAAAACUGGAGAGGUCAUUUUGAUCGGUGAGAUUGAUUAUGAAAAAACUAAGCUCUUCCAAAUUGAUAUCGAGGCUAUAGAUAACGGUGGACUCUCUGAUUCCAGUAAGAUCCUAAUUGAUGUUAUUGAUGUUAAUGACAACAGCCCUCAGCUGAAAAUACUGUCUAAAUCAGACACCAUUUUAGAAGAUUCUCCUGACAAUACUGUCAUCGCUAUGCUGAGCGUGAAUGACCCUGAUUCUGAGAGGAAUGGAGAGGUGAAGUUUUGCAAUGUUAUAUGCCAGGCGUCUUAUGCUUUCAGUACCAUGGAGAGAGGUGCCAGACUCUCCUCUAUUGAUUGGUAA